AAUUUUUCGUACAUUAUUGUGUAAUAUGUCGAUUGAUAUGUUUUCAAGGUCGUAGAAUCUGAAUCUGCAGUUAUUUUUUUUGUAGGAGUAGGGAGUGAGGCGUGGGGAGAGGGAAAAUUUUGAAUUUUUCCUACAUUAUUGUGUAAUAUGUCGAAUAAUAUGUUUUCGAAAUCGUAGAAUCCGAAUUUGGAGUAAUUUUUUUUGUAGGAGUGGGGGGUGAGGCGUGGGGAAAGGGAAAAUUUCAAAUUUCUCCUACAUUAUCGUGUUAUAUGUCGAAUAAUAUAUUUUCUAGGUCGUAGAACUCGAAUCUGGAGAUAUUUUUUUUUUGUAGGGGUGGGAGGUGAGUCAAGGGGAGAGAGAGUAAAUUACAAAUUUUGCCUAUAUUAAUGUGUAAUAUGUCGAUUGAUAUGUUUUUGAGGUCGUACAAUUCGAAUCUGGGGUUAUUUUUUCGCAGGGGUAUGAGGCGAGGCAAGAGGAGAGGAGAAAUUUCAAAUUUUGCCUAUAAUAUUGUGUAACAUGUUGGUUGAUAUGUGUUCAAGGUCGCAGAAUUCGAAUCUUGAGCUAGUUUUUAGGGUCGAGUGCUAUUCAAGUAUCACCGUUUGGGGAGAGGGCCCCACCCAUGCGAACCUACGACUCACCUUCCACCUUCACCAUAAAAAAUGACUCUGGAUUCGAAUUCUACGACCUCGAAAAUAUAUUAUUCGACAUAUAACACGAUAAGGAUAAUGUAGGAGAAAUUUGAAAUUUUCCCUUUCCCCACGCCUCACCCUCCACUCCUACAAAAAAAAUUACUCCAAAUUCGGAUUCUACGAUUUCGAAAACAUAUUAUUCGACAUAUUACACAAUAAUGUACGAAAAAUUUAGAAUUGCCCCCUCCCCACGCCUCACCCCCCACUCCUACAAAAAAAUAACACCGGCGAGCCUUUAUAUUUAUUUACUAAUGUUUGUUAGAAUGUUCAUUUCAUCUUCAAUGCUUCAUUUUUAUGAAAUUUAAGGAGUUGUGAUGGGAAUCUGGCUGGAGUCGUGAGAGGAAUCUGGUUGGAGUUGUGAGAGGAUCCUAAGAUGAGUCGUGAGUGGAAUCUGAAUCGGAGUCGCGAAAGGAAUCGGAAUCGAAAAUUACGAUUCGGAUUCGGAUUCCUAUAUCUGGCGAAUCUGAUAAGCGGAAUCGGGACUCAAAAUUUUGUGGAAUCACACCAUUUGGAAUCCGAUUCUCAAGCUCCUGGAAUCGCGCCAACUCUGAUUUUAUGACAUAAUUAAAAAAUUUAGGGGGUCAGACCGAAAAAAUAUUUACUUUUGCAUUUUAAGGGUCACCCUACCGAGGGUGUCUGGUACGUUCAUACGUCCGCCGACACCGACGGUUAGAAUCGAGGAUUUGGACAUCACAACGUCUACGCCGAAUACGACGACGACCGCACCGAGUUCCACAACGCAGAACGUUGUCUCAUCAACAACGCCUCACAUUAACGCAUUGGGAAACCCAGUUGAUCCGCCACGCCCGACUACACCGCCGCAGUUACACGCGAACCUGAGACAGACAGUGGACAUCCCGACUGAAGAAGACUGGACGCAGGAAGCGUACAACGCAGAUGCUCAACCGAUUCGUCGUUCCCGAGCGAAUUAUCGCAGCGUGUUAUUUACACAUGUUCAAAAGACGAUGACAGAUAACAUCCCCGUCCUGACUGCGCAGCGUGAAAUUUUGGAUGCCAAAAUUAUUCAACCCGGAUCAGAAGGCGCCGACGAUAGAAUCUCUGUCUUGUCGUUGGAAGAAACGGCGUUUAUUUUCUCGCAAACCGAAGAGCUGGAGCAAGCGAUUGCUGUUUGCAGACAAGUGGAAGGAGAUCCUGGAGAUUUGGAUAUGGUUUUGAGUGCAUUAGAAUUUAUGUUACGAUUAUCCCGAGUCCAUAACCUGACGCUGAAAGAAAUCCCGCAAAGGACGUAUGACAUUUUGCGCGUAGAACGAAUGACAAUCGCCGAACAAAAACGUCAUAAGGCGAAAGCAGCGAAAAAGCGCAACAAGGCACACAAGAAAGCCGCCGCCGAGUUCGACGAAGGCGUCUGUGAGGAUUAUAUAUCAAGCGCCGAAUCCGACUCCGAUAAAGAUAACCCACCGGAUAGACCUUUAGGAAACCACCCGCUUUUAGAACAAGCGUAUCCGAGAAACUGAUUUUUCGCCCGAUUUACUUUCCUGAUUUUGUAUUUGUCCAGUAUUAUUGUUAUUGUGAUUUGAUUACCCGAAGAUGAAUUUUUUUUGUGUACGCUUUGUUAUUUUUACUUGUUACCUGAGUUUAUCUGUUUAAGUUGUAAAUAUGUUUUUGUUGUUUUAAGCGCUAUCGAGCGCAGGGAGGGAGUGUUGGUGGCCGCUAGGCUGCGCUCCCUACCGCUUAACUGUUUGUAACUACUCGCUCAGUGUAACCAGGCCUUAUGCCUACGAUGUGCGUCCUGAGCUUUUUCAACUCACCGCACUUGCUUGAUGUUCGUUGUACUGUACGUACUGUAUUAUUUGCGUGUUCCUUGUUAAUGGCUAAUUGAUGCGAUUUUGUAUGAUUUAAUAUUAUUUGUUUCUUUUGAAUAUAUCGUUUAUUUGUUCCUGAAGUUCGUCGUCUAUUUAUUUCAUAAAUAGAAGUGGCUG